CUACUAGUCUACAUUCAAUGUCAAGGCAAAGUCAACUGCACGUGGAUGAUGGGGUGCUUGUCAAAAGUCCAAAACGAUCGAUUGAUAUAUAAACAAUGCAUACUUAUCCGUAUGACUUUUGGAAGGUUAUAACAUACCACAGCCUUACAUAAAUUACCUUUUUAAAAGGUAUUCGCAACAAGUAAUACCACGCUAGGAUUUCACAUGGGCGCAACCAUGACACAUCCGGGAUCUUCCACACCACAGGCAAUAUGGCUGCGCCCAUGAAGUCAUGAUGUUUACAGUGGUUUUGUUUUUGUAAACUUUGUUCGCGUGUAAAUAAAAAUAAGAGAUGUUAGAAAAUAUUGUUAGUGGACGGGAGCAGUCAGGCAGUAUACUGAUCAAAGACAGUGUUCAACAAUAUGGAAGAGGUUUACUGAAAGCUUUGAUAAUAGAGGUGUCAAACAGGGUGGAUCAAGUGCAUAUAUUCAGUUUUGACCCAAAUGCAGAUGAAAAAAGCCAGGACCUCUCGGGCCAUUUGCAAGCAAAUGUCCAAUACCAUGACUGCAGCUCAGAUCCUCUUGGCUGGGAGGGGACACCUGAGUGCUACAAGCUGCAGCAAGACUUUGUGCUUUAUGCCAAGGAAUCUGUGAAGGGGAUCAAAGACAAGAAGGUUCUGAUAGUGCUGGACUCUCUCGGUCCUUUUCUGCUGCACAGGGUGACACCUUACACUUGUCAGGUUGUCAGCAGACUGAAGGACCAGGAUGUCAUUGGUGCUGAAAGUGUCCAGGUGAUGGCUCUCCUGCAUGAAGAUCUCCAUGACGAGCCCACUUCCAGGCUGGUAGAAAUGGUAUUUUCCACAGUGGUGACAGUGCUGCCCCCUGACAGGACAAACUGUUAUGCCGUUUGUGAUAUACUACACAAAAAACAGUCAGGGAAAAUUAUGAAAUCAAAAGAAAGAUUUUCCAUAUCCCAGAAUUUUGACAUUCAGGAUGUGGAAGCUGUGAUAAUGCUUACAAAAAGGAAACCAGAGGAUGCACUAGAUACUCAGGCCGAUCCAGCUGCCAACUUGACCUUUAACCUCAGUUUAACUGAUGCAGAGAAGGAGGCCAGAAGCCAGCUUAAACUGCCGUAUAUGCAUGAUGAUGAAACAAAACAUGGUAUACUGCAGAAAGGAACUGCUGUCCACAGUAAAAUCUUUUACCAGCCUGAUGAGGCAGACGACUUUGAUGAAGAGGAUCCUGAUGAUGACCUUGACAUUUGAUCCAAUGGCCUUGACCUAACCUUGACAUUUGAGCUGAUGACCUUGGAUCUGAAUACCUUGCAACGUUUUCAAUGUCUUUGACCUCACUUGAAAGAAAGGAUGGAUAUGAAGUAUAUUGCAGGCAUGUUUGCUGCUUUACCACGCUAUUAAAGUUGUGUGAAAAAGUUGGAAAAAGAAAAUAUUCUGGACAACUGUUCAUUUGGUUUAAGGCAGUACGUGGUGAUCACAGUUACUGGAAAUAAAAUUGUGAAGUAUUUUU